AUGAACUCAUACCUAGAUUACCCAGUUUGUAACAGAGGCGCUAAUCUCUUCAGUGCCAAGGCCGGAUUCCACAACCUGAACCACGGAUACAUGUCCAGUUCGUGCGCAACAAGUGAUACUUACGCACCGGAUGGACGUCUCGUUGCAGCGACCACAGCACCACAUCAAGGCCCGAGUUUACCUCCUCUGCACCAUCAGACACACGUCCAUCUGGACUUGCAAUACGCGCCACCGGGGAACUCUGUGUACGGGCCGCCGCUGGAGUAUGGCCAUCACCAGUACGGCCUGGCUCCAGAGCAAGACAGGAGCUAUAUGCACGCACAAGUGUCUCCCAUUGGGACAAACAUGGCCCCUUACACGGGGGAAAGCUGUGGGACAGUGGCACAGGCCGCACAAUACAUGCCAUUCAGCAACGGGGAGCAGAGGCAUCAAGAAUACACAGACAGCAUGUACACACGGCUUCCCGUGCCGAGCAAAGGGAAGGAAGUUGAGGAGACAAAAACGUUCGACUGGAUGAAAGUGAAGAGAAAUCCUCCUAAAACAGCUGUCGUCUCGGAGUUUGGGGGCCCCAGUCAGCACAACGUGAUCCGCACAAACUUCACUACUAAACAACUGACGGAGCUGGAGAAGGAGUUCCACUUCAACAAAUACCUCACAAGAGCGCGGAGAGUGGAAGUGGCCGCCAGCCUGGAGCUCAACGAAACACAGGUAAUACCUCACAGCUCCCAGUGGGCUCUCCAUCUGGAAGUGUCAGAGCCGGAGCUGCAGCCAACACCAGCGUCAAGACAGAUGUUUGGAGCAGAGGAGAAAGGAGGAGGCCGUUUUUCACCUUUGGAUUAG